UACUGGAACAGUCUACGGAAUUUGGUUGGUUCACUGUUAGCCAGUAUGCGGUCAAUUGCAAGCCUGCUGGUCCUGCUCUUCCUCUUUAUUGUCAUCUUUGCUCUUCUGGGGAUGCAAAUCUUUGGCGGUCGAUUCAACUUCCUCUACCUUCGGAAACCACGCUCAAACUUUGACAACUUUCAUCAGGCCUUGAUCACCAUUCUUACUGGUGAAGACUGGAAUGAGGCGAUGUAUAUGGGAAUAAAGUCCUACUCAAACCAGCCCUUCGGGAGUCUCGUCUGCCUCUACUACGUGGUUCUCUUCAUCUGCGGCAACUGUAUCCUUUCAACAUGA